AUGGUGGGCGAGCUCGAGAGCGCGGGUGUCGAGUUCGUGGGCACGGAUGAAACCGGAGACAGAAUGGAGAAACUGGAGCUGCCUUGGCACCCGUAUUUUGUGGGCGUCCAGUUCCAUCCGGAGUUCAGGUCCAGGCCAGGCAAACCUUCUCCAUUAUUCAAGGGGCUGAUAGCUGCAUCGUCAGGGUUACUGGACGCCGGCGUGCUGCAGAGCCCUGCUGGUUUUGAGAAUGGGAACGGACCUGUUCCCAUGAAAGUCGCAUCGGGAGCAAGCGGGAGUGGCUACGCGAACGCGAGUGGCCUCGAGGAAGGCCUCCUGGGCCUGCACGUCUCAGGAGCAGCACUAGCACAUUAG